AAUGGGCACGCUGCAUCCCCACCACUCGAGGCCCCGCCCCUUCGUGCAGGACGCUUGGGCAAGCUUUGCAACAGUGCUUCAAUCCUUCCUUACAGUUUACGCGAAUUGCAUCUCCCGUUGACAAGUUUGCGACAAUGGCUCUCUGGACGCCGUACGUUCAAGAAACCGCUUUAGACUUGAGUCGCGCACCCGUUAUCAAGGCGGAACCGGCGUCGCCUGUCCUGGAAAAAGUGCCCGUGACUAACACUUCGCCGGUCUACAACGAGUACGUGUAUCAUCAGUUCCCGGUCUCACCGCAGCCGCUGCCAGUGACAGUGAAUUCCAUUCCAUACUACGCUAACUAUCCGGAGCCGCCGGCAGCGUACAGUGUCCCAUCAGCUCAGAUUUCACCGGAGUCCGUCGGUACUCCUUGGUCUCCUCAAGCGUACCGCCAGAAGUCUAUAAGUUCAGGGCCAUCGCCGCCUCAGUCGCCUGAGCUGUACGAUCUCGAAUCUUUGGAUGACGACGCAGAGUAUCAGGCUUUCGAGAGGGACGCCUUACGCGCUAUGGCUGAGAAGAAUGGAGGUUCACUUCUCGGUAACAAUCCUCGCAUGCGCAGGGUUGUGCAGACAAAUCAAACGGCUGACGACUCGUACAGAAAGCAGCGCGAAAGAAACAACUAUGCCGCGAAACAGAGCAGGGACAGAAGGAAGCUGAGGGAAGUUCGCUUGGCUUUUCAAGUAACUUUCUUGAAGAAGAAAAUGGCGGAUUUGAGGGCGCGACUGGCCGCCGGGGUUUGUGGUCGCUGUCAACAAGUGUGCGAAUGCUAAAAUGGAUAAACUUUUGUAGUGGAUGUAAUUUUAAGUGUAAGAUGAAUUGAUUUUACUCGUAUGAAAUUGGUUUUGUGCAAUGUUUGUAAUGUAAGCGAUUAGCGAAGUAAAUUUUAAAUUAAUAACGAUGUCGCAGAAUGAAUUUCUAGUCGUAUUAAGUCGCAUUUGAAAAUGUUACGGGUAAAAUAACUUACAAUACAUGUAAAAUUAAGAUUUAGUAAAUUAUUGUUAAUUUUAAUUGAUACAUAUGCCCAUAAAAUUGGUGUGGAAAUAAUGUUACAAUAUUGUGAUAUUAAGUAAAUAUUUUUCAA